AUGGUUUACAUUCGCCCUCAGUACAAUGAUACGCAAGGACCUGAAGCGUCGACAUCCGGAACCACACUCACACAAAGUGUUUCCCCUGUGGUGGUGACUUCUUACGACUCUGCCAGUAUCACACUCAGCUGGCGUGAGCUCUACUGCGCCAACUACUCCGUCCAAUAUGCACUGCAAAACAAAGAGGGUUGCCUACCCAUCAACCCGCUAAACUUCACCCAGCACUGCAUGUGUUCUGGAACCACUUCUGCAAUGAUAUCCGGUCUGUUCGCCAACUCGAUGUACGAGUUACGAGUCACAGCUUAUGUGGACGGAAGCUACGGUCCAAUAACACAAACAAAUGUGACAACUAGUACUAAAGAACCGUCUGCACCACCACAGCAAGUGACCGUCGCUUCAACGGCGAAACGUAGCCUGACUUUCUCCUGGAGUCAACCAGCGUGUGGAAGCCGAGGUGGCAUCAUCACAGGCUACUCAUACCAGUUGUUUGAUACCAAAUCAAACACACCAGUUGCACAGUCUGUAACUUCAGAUGAGUCGGUGACUAUUGGGAGUUUGACACCUUUCAACGAGUACAGUUUUCAAGUCGUGGCACACACCAGUGCUGGAGCUGGACCAUACAGUGACGAUGUGGUAGCAAGAACACUUGAAGCAGAGCCCACAGUUCCUCUACAUGUUGUCAUUCAAAACGUUGAUGAAGUUUCGAUCACUUUAAAGUGGUCAGAACCCGACCCUCCACAAGGAAUCAUCAUCCAUUACAACAUUAGGUACUGGAGGAGUGGACAGUCAGGAAACCCAACGCCUAUCAACGACGUGGUGCUGUUGAUGCAUGAGAUAAAUGGCCUUGAAACGAAUGUGACAUACAACAUUCAGGUGCAAGCUGAGACGUCGGUUGGUGAAGGGCCCUGGAGUGAGGAAGUGACUGCAGUAACCAGAAUACGAGCUGACAAUGGCGUUUUGGGACUAAAAGUGAUUUCAGACGAUCCUAAUCAACUACAAGUUUCCUGGCAACCAGAUGCAUGUGUCUCUGGCUACAUGCUGGAGUAUGCAUUGACGAACAGGGGCCAAUGUGAAGAGAUUGAAUCUCCACAGCGGGUACCACUUCCAGGCCCACUCGAUGGUCAAACUACCAGUCAUGUCAUCACUGGUUUGAUAUCUGGUUCAACCUAUAUGGUUUACAUUCGCCCUCAGUACAAUGAUACGGAAGGACCUGAAGCGUCGACAUCCGGAACCACACUCACACAAAGUGUUUCCCCUGUGGUGGUGACUUCUUACGAUUCUGCCAGUAUCACACUCAGCUGGCGUGAGCUCUACUGUGCCAACUACUCCGUCCAAUAUGCACUGACAAACAAAGAGGGUUGCCUACCCAUCAACCCGCUAAACUUCACCCAGCACUGCAUGUGUUCAGGAACCACUUCUGCAAUGAUAUCCGGUCUGUUCGCCAACUCGAGGUACGAGUUACGAGUCACAGCUUAUGUGAACGGAAGCUACGGUCCAAUAACACAAACAAAUGUGACAACUAGUACUAAAGAACCGUCUGCACCACCACAGGAAGUGACCGUCACUUCAACGGCGAAACGCAGCCUGACUUUCUCCUGGAGUCAGCCAGCGUGUGGAAGCCGAGGUGGCAUCAUCACAGGCUACUCAUACCAGUUGUUUGAUACCAAAUCAAACACACAAGUUGCACAGUCUGUAACUUCUGAUGAGUUGGUGACUAUUGGGAGUUUGGCACCUUUCAACGAGUACAGUUUUCAAGUCGUGGCACACACCAGUGCUGGAGCUGGACCAUACAGUGAUGGUGUGGUAGGAAGAACACUUGAAUCAGAGCCCACAGUUCCUCUAAAUAUCGUCAUUCAGAACGUUGAUGACGUAUCCAUCACUCUGCAAUGGUCAGAGCCCGACCCGCCACAAGGAAUCGUCACCAAUUACAACGUUAGGUACUGGAGGAAUGGACAGUCAGGAAACCCAACGCCUAUCAACGACGUGGUGCUGUUGAUGCAUGAGAUAAAUGGCCUUGAAACGAAUGUGACAUACAACAUUCAGGUGCAAGCUGAGACGUCGGUUGGUGAAGGGCCCUGGAGUGAGGAAGUGACUGCAGUAACCAGAAUACGAGAACCUGGACCCAUCCAGUAUCUUCAUUGGACAGACAGAACUGAUUCCACAAUCGCCUUGGACUGGGAGCCGCCGCUCAAUCCGAAUGGGCAAAUACAAAGAUACAUAGUUGAAUACCGAGCGACAGACAAACCUCAUCAACCUGGUUUCACUGCACCUGACGAAUGCGAAAGGAAUGAAGUGGAGAGUCCGCCAUUUGUGAAAGAAAAUCUGGAGCCUGGUACAAAGUAUGAGUUCAGAGUGGCAGCGGAGAAUCAGUUGUUCAUAGGAAGUGCUACAGUUUUGGAAGCAUAUACCAAACCACCGUCAGAUCUUCCCGCACCGCCUCAACCGAUUUCAUACCAAGGAGACGCCACAGAUACUACCGUCACUAUUGGUGUAACUACCGCAGUAUCUAGUGAUGACUUCAUUGAAUCGUACGUUGUUCAUGUCAAGAAGACCAGGUCUUCAUCAGUGACCAGGAGAGAUGUUCUUAUUCCAAGCCAUUUCGAGGAUUCCCCAAAUGACUACAUAGCAGCGGAACUCCCCAAAGGGGGCGUGCCCGACAAAUUUGUAGUGGGGGACACCAAAAUGUACGGUGGAUACUUUAACGCUCCGCUGCAGACGGGUGCUGUGUACAACAUUCGUGUUGGGUCUGUCAGUAAGGGGAACGAAUCGGAGGCCAAUGUGGAAUUUUCGGACCCACUUACAGUCACAGUGCAAGAAUCAAGUCCUGGACCGAACAUUGCUGCUAUAGCUCUUGGGGUGGGUUUGUCUACCCUCAUUUUGAUUGGCGUUGUUGCAUUCAUCUUGUGGAAAAAAUGUAGUGCAGCUCGCUCGCAGCAAAGUGCUACAGAUGAACUGAUUCUCACCGAAAACCCCGAACCUAAACUCAAGAAAAUUGAGUCACUUAAUGAGGACAACACCGACCCCAUUGUCUACGAGAAUAUUGGGAUUCUUCCAAGCUGGGCGGCUAAACUGGAAAUCAAACGGGGAAAUUUGAUCAUCGAUGAUGAGAUUCUUGGUAAGGGUAACUUUGGCGAGGUACGGGCAGGAGGCGUGAAGAUUAAAGGGAAAGUCACCAAAGCAGCCAUCAAAACAAUGAAAGGAAAUGCUUGCGAAUCUGCAUGGGAAGACUUCAUAAAGGAGUUACGGACAAUGGCAGGCAUAGAGCCCCAUCCUAAUGUCGUUGGUCUACUGGGUGCAUGCAUGCACGAAGCGAUUCUGUACGUGGCGCUUGAGUUUCUACCUAAUGGCAACCUCCGUGAUUAUCUGAGGAGUACUCGGCCUAAGCAGCAAGGGGCAGCUGGCUCUCAAGAUGAUGUGUCGCCGCUGACUUCCUCCAUGCUGCUCAAGUUUGGUCUGGAUGUGGCCAAAGGAAUGGAACAUCUGUCCAACACGGGGAUAAUCCACUGUGACUUGGCAGCACGGAACAUCCUUCUCUCUGAAGAUCUGACCGCCAAAGUGUCUGACUUUGGCCUUUCCAGAGGAGAAGACAUCCAUGUCCAGAAAUCUUCGACCAGGUUUCCCAUUCGCUGGUUGGCCAUCGAAUCUUUGAGGCGUCGUGUCUACCAGUCAAAAAGCGAUGUGUGGUCCUUUGGCAUCUUACUGUGGGAGAUCGUUACGUACGGAUCCACUCCGUACGCUGGUAUUGAGAGCAUGUCACUGGUCGAAAGACUGCUGGAUGGAUACCGCAUGCCCAAGCCGGACAACUGCGCCGAUGAAAUUUACGAUGUGAUGUUGAAGUGCUGGCAGCAGCAACCUAGCGACCGACCCAGUUUCAGCAAACUGGUCGAAAUUCUGGAGGAAAUGACCUGCAAUCCGGAUGCAAAUGAUUACUUGUCACCGACUGUCUGCGAGAAUUUCACCAUCAAGCCUGAGUUUGACGAUAACUAGAUGAAUGUAAUGAUCGCUCACGUGCCAGCUCAGCCAAUCAUCGCCCCUUGUUGUCGUAACCCUAGAAAUUGAGCGUAUUAAUGAGUACAUUAUGUGUAAUGUAACAUUAUUCUAGUAUUUGGAAUAAAUUGUUAUGUAGUUAUAAAAUUCGGUAUAGAAAAAAUAAUGUAAGAUGUACCCAUACAAAUGAUUUUAUGCGAAACUGUGAGUCUAAUUGUACUUGUAAGAUGAAUCGCCAUACUUAACAUUCCAAUUUGAUGUCUGGGUUUAAACAUUUCGAUCCAACGAAAAUCCAACAUCAUAAACUUUUUUACGAUAAACAAGCAAAGUCCCAAUUUUGAUUCUCUCGGAACCUCUUUGUUAUUGUCUUAAACUCAAAAUAGAAUUACUCAGCAAUAUUCCAAGUUAUUGUCUGCAAUGAAUGGGAGAUUUGCGGUAACACCAUGUGAAUGAUAUCUCUCUGUGUGUUGUGUGGUUCUGAGAAGAACCUUUUGGUUAUUGUCUUAUACUCAGAAUAGAAUUACUCAGUUAUAUUCCAAGUUAUUGUCUUCAAUGAAUGGGAGAUUGGCGGUAAUACCA